AUUUGAACCAAAGGAAAAAAGUAAAACUAAACGCGCUCUCUUUCUUCCUUCGCAAACAUUUUAUGCAAAACAACAGAGAAAAAUAUAUCAAGAUCUGAGAGCAUCUACAAUGGGGUCGCUUCCUCCGUCACUGGACCUCCCAUCACCGCCGUUGGGAAAGCCCCCUCACCUCCAACUCCUUUCCGAAACUACCCUUCUCAACCUCUUCAAAUCCCAACAAAACCACCUCAAUUACUUCUUCCAAAACCUCGACUUUUCCCAAGCAUUGUCCUUCACCCAAACCCUCCUCAAUUCUCGUGGCACCAUUUUCUUCUCCGGUGUCGGAAAAUCCGGUUUCGUCGCCAGCAAGAUCUCCCAAACCCUAGUCUCCCUAGACAUCCGCUCCUCUUUCCUCUGCCCUCUCGACGCUCUCCACGGCGACAUUGGCGCACUCUCCUCUGCCGACGUUCUCGUUCUCUUUUCUAAAUCCGGCUCCACUGAAGAACUCCUCCGUCUCCUUCCCUGUGCCAGAGCCAAGGGGGUUUAUCUCAUUUCUGUUACCUCCGUUUCUAACAAUGCCCUGGCCAACGCUUGCGACAUGAAUGUGCAUUUGCCGUUGGAGAGGGAGUUGUGUCCCUUUGAUCUGGCGCCGGUCACUUCCACUGCGAUCCAGAUGGUAUUUGGCGACACCGUGGCUAUUGCGCUUAUGGGAGCUAGGAACUUGACUAAGGAGCAAUACGCGGCCAAUCAUCCCGCUGGGAGGAUUGGGAAAAGCCUUAUUUUCAAGGUAAAAGAUGUGAUGAAGAAGAAAGAUGAGCUUCCAAUUUGCAAGGAAGGCGAUUUGAUAAUGGAGCAACUGGUGGAGCUGAGUAGCAAAGGAUGCGGAUGCUUGCUGGUUAUAGAUGAUGAAUAUCACUUGCUUGGGACAUUUACAGACGGUGAUUUGCGGCGUACUCUUAUUAAGGCCAGUGGAGAAGCAAUAUUCAAGCUCAGAGUUGGAGACAUGUGCAACAGAGAACCGAGAACCAUUGGUCCGGAUGCAAUGGCAGUGGAAGCCAUGAAAAAGAUGGAAUCACCACCUUCUCCUGUACAAUUUCUGCCUGUUAUUGAUCAUCAAAAUGUCUUGAUUGGCAUUAUCACAUUGCAUGGAUUAGUGUCAGCUGGCCUUUGAGAUGUAUGUCUGGAUUUCAAUGUGACAUAAGUGUUAACUAGAAUUUAUAGUUCAAACUAUGAUAGGAUCUUAUGUAUACUGGACAUAAUUUCUGACCAAUUUAUUUAUUCUAUGUGAUAUGUUUGGGCAUUUAAAGAGUAAA